GACGUCGCCGAGCGGGGCCGGCGAAGAGCCUGGUGGGGCGGCCGGGCGCCGGCGCGGAGCUCCGCCGGGAGGCCGAGAUGGAAGUGAAAGAUGGUAAUGCAGCACUUCUCAGCAAUUAUGAGGUCUACCAGCUGUUGACUGACCUGAAGCAGCAGCGCCGAGAGACAGGAAAAAGCAAACAGAGCGCUGGACAGCAGAACUUGAACACGAUCAUGUACGAAACGCUGAAAUACAUCUCCAAGACGCCGUGCAAAUUCCAGAGUCCUGAGGUCGUAAGAGACUACCUCAUUGCCCUGAAAAACCACAAUUUAACCAAGGCGGAAAAACUGCAGCUACUCAACCACAGGCCUGUGAGUGCCGUUGAGAUCCAGUUGAUAGUGGAGGAAAGCGAAGAGAGGCUGACGGAGGAGCAAAUCGAAUCCCUUCUCCAGACGGUCACGAGUGUUCUUCCCGGAGACCCGGAGCAAGAACAGCAGCGGCAGUCAGCCAUGGCGGUGGAAGAGGAAGGAGAGCUGGCGUAGCAGAAGAGUCAGGUGCCCGGAGUGUCCGGCAUCCCCGCCCAAAGCUUUGUGCCGGAGAGAGUGCCAGCCGAACACUUCCGUUUGCAAGAAAGAUCUGGAGACUUUCCUAUCGUACGAUGAUACGGACACAGCAAUGUCCCUCUACAAUGUGUUUUGCGUUUAUUUAUACGCCAUGAGAGCAACCAUUACUAGCAGCGGAGCCCUUGCGGGAUUUUGCUCUUGUGUUCGCGUUUUCUGAGCUGUAAGUGGAAUAAUAAACUGGGUUUGUUCCAGAUGCUA